AUGCUGACGGCUUCGCCAACCUUCUUGAUGGAGGGCGUUCUAAAAAUAUCUAGGCUGAAAAACCUUUUCGCUUUUCAGUUGUUGCGGGUCAAUUUUACGUAUCAGUUCCUCCGAAAGAAGUUCGUGAUCUUCUCCCAGUUUUUAUACGACGAACAUAUCAAAUCUCGGCUGAUCAAAGACCUUCGCUACUUGAAGGAGAACCAAGCUUAUCCCUUUGAGCGUGCCAGCAAAUUCAACAAAGGCAUCCGGAAACUUGGCCACAUGCCAGAUGGACUGACCACUUACCUCGACCAAUUUCGAAUGCUAAUUGCCCAGAUUGGCAAUGCCCUAGGCUAUGUGCGAAUGAUUCGCUCGGGCGGACUGCAUUUUGUUUCCAAUGCCAUACGAUUUGUACCAGAUCUCGAGGAUAUUCCCAACUUUGAGGAGCUAUCCAAAAAAGAGGAGAUGUCCUCCGAGUCAAUAGAGGCUGCGCGGAUCCUCGACGAAGUGGUGGCAAACUUGAAUCAAAAUUUCUUUGAUGGAACCCAAUACUUUCAACUUUUGGUGCAAGUCUUUGCCAAACAACUGAGUGAGAAGAAACACGUUCAUCUCAAAGCCUUCUACGCCAUUCUACCUCCUUUGACCUUGAACUAUUUGGAAUACAUCAUGGCUGCCAAGGACAAACUUAACAAAAUGAAUGUGUAAGCUGCCAUUUUUACCGAUGAUGGCUUCGCUAUGGGUGAGAGAAAAACUGGACAAACUGGUUAAUGGGUCGACGA